AUGAAGGGAAAAAUUUUAUUUUUUUCUUCUGUUUUUUUAUAUUUAUCACGUGUUAUCUCAUCAGAAGAAAUAACAUUUUCCAAUGCACCAGUAAAUAAUAAUGAAGAAAAUGAAACAGUAGAAGAAAUUUUAGAAGAUUUAAACAAAAAUGAAACAGAUGAUAACCAUAUAUUUCUAAAUAAAGAUACAGAGAUAUUAGAAGAAAAUAAUCAAGAAAACACAGAGGAAUUAAAUGAAGUAAAUGAUGAACAGCUAAAUGAAGAAAAUGCAGGAGAACAAGAAUAUAAUAUUGCAGGAUUGCAUGAAGAUGAUAUAGAAGAAGUAGAAGAAAAUAAUAAUACAGAAUUGAACGAAGAAAAUGUAGAAUUACAUGAAGAUAAUGAAGGAGAAGAACAAGAAAAUAAUAAUGAAGAAUUAUACGAAGAUAAUGUAGAAGAAUUACAAGAAGAUGAUAAUGAAAUAAAUGAAACAAAUGCUAGACAAUUACACGAAAAAAAUACAGAAGAAUUACAAGAAAAUAUUACUGAAGAAUUGAACGAAGAAAAUGCAGAAUUACAUGAAGAUAAUGAAGGAGAAGAACAAGAAAAUGAUAAAGCAGAAUUACAUGAAGAUAAUGUAGAAGAAGUGCAAGAAAAUGAUAAAGCAGAAUUGCAUGAAGAUGAUGCAGAAGUACUAGAAAAUAAUACUACCGAAUUAUAUGAAGAUAAUGCAGAAGAAUUACAUGAUGAUGAUACAGAAGGAGAACAAGAACACAAUAUUGAAGAAUUACACGAAGAUGAUGUAGAAUUAAAUGAUAAAAAUGGUAGGCAAUUACAUGAAAAUGAUGUAGAAGAAGUAGAAGAAAAUAUUAAUGAAGAAUUACAGGGAGAAAAUGUAGAGGGAGAACACGAAAAUAAUACUGAAGAAUUACAUGAAGAUGAUGUAGAAGAAGUAGAAGAAAAUAAUAAUGCAGAAUUAUACGAAGAUGACGCAGAGGAAGAACAAGAAAAUGAUACUGCAGAAUUACACGAAGAUGAUGCAGAAUUAAAUCAAAAAAAUGGUAGACAAUUACAUGAAGAUGAUGUAGAAGAAGUACAAGAAAAUAUUAAUGAAGAAUUACAGGGAGAAAAUGUAGAGGGAGAACAAGAAAAUAAUACUGAAGAAUUACAUGAAGAUGAUGUAGAAGAAGUAGAAGAAAAUAAUACUGCAGAAUUACAUGAAGACGAUGUAGAAGAAGUAGAAGAAAAUAAUACUGCAGAAUUAGGCGAAGAUGAUGCAGAAGCAAAUCAAAAAAAUGGUAGACAGUUACAUGAAAAUGAUGUAGAAGAAGUAGAAGAAAAUAUUAAUGAAGAAUUACAGGGAGAAAAUGUAGAUGAAGAACAAGAAAAUAAUACUGAAGAAUUACAUGAAGAUGAUGUAGAAGCACAUGAAGAUAAUACAGAAGUACAAGAAAAUAAUACGGAAGAGGCACAAGAAAAUAUUACUGAAGAAUUACAGGGAGAUGAUGCAGAAAAAUUAAAUGAAGAAAAUACAGAAGAAUUCACUGGUCAAAAUGCAGAAGAAUUUUUCGAAGAAGAGACAGAGGAAGGUGUAGAAAACAAAAAGAAACCUUCAGAAGAGAACAAUGAAGAAAAUACAGAAGAAUUCAAUGGUCAAAAUGCAGAAGAAUUUUUCGAAGAAAAGACAGAGGAAGGUGUAGAAAACAAAAAAAACCCUUCAGAAGAGAACAAUGAAGAAAAUACAGAAGAAUUCAAUGGUCAAAAUGCAGAAGAAUUUUUCGAAGAAAAGACAGAGGAAGGUGUAGAAAACAAAAAAAACCCUUUAGAAGAGAACGAUGAAGAAAAUACAGAAGAAAAUACAGAAGAAUUCAAUGGUCAAAAUGCAGAAGAAUUUUUAGAAGAAGAGACCGAGGAAGAUGUAGAAAACAAAAAUAAACCUUCAGAAGAGAACAAUGAAGAAAAUACAGAAGAAUUCAAUGGUCAAAAUGCAGAAGAAUUUUUAGAAGAGACUGAGGAAAAUGUAGAAAUCAAAAAAAAACCUAUAGAAGAGAACAAUGAAGAAAAUACAGAAGAAAAUACAGAAGAAUUCAAUGGUCAAAAUGCAGAAGAAUUUUUAGAAGAAGAGACUGGGGAAAAUGUAGAAAGCAAAAAGAAACCUUUAGAAGAGAACAAUGAAGAAAAUACAGAAGAAUUCACUGGUCAAAAUGCAGAAGAAUUUUUAGAAGGAGAGACAGAGGAAGAUGUAGAAAACAAAAAAAAACCUUCAGAAGAGAACAAUGAAGAAAAUGCAGAAGAAAAUACAGAAGAAUUAAAUGGUCAAAAUGCAGAUGAAAUUUUAGAACAAGGAACAGAAGAAACCGUAGAAGAGUUGGGUGAAGAAAUUAUAGAGAAAAAUAUAAUGCAAGAAAUUGAUGAAAAUGUACUUGAAAAUAACACAAGUAAAAAUGAUGAAGAUUUUGAAACAAAUUUUGAUGAAGAAGAAUUAGAACUUAAUGAAAUAUUUAUAGGACAAACUACAGAUAUGCCUUUAGAAAAUGAUGCUGUAGGUAUUGUGGAAGCUCAAGAUUCAGAUACUGGGGAUCAAUCAGGUGGUGGCACAGGUUCAGGAUCAUCAGAUUCCGGGGUAAGCGGAACAGGUGUAACUCAGCCAGCUGCAGCUGUUCCAGCCGUUCCAGGGGUUGGUGUUCCAGGGGUUGGUGUUCCAGGUGUUCCAGGUGUUCCAGGAGUUCCAGGGGUUUCAGGGGAAGCAGGUACUCCAGGGGUUGUAGGGACUCCAGCUGCAGAUGCAACUGAUGGAAGUGAAUCUGCAAUUUAUACAUUAGAUACUCUUUAUGAUGAUGUUCUUAAACGUUUAAAAAUCACAGAUUUAAAUAAUGCCCCUUAUAGUGAUGGAUAUAAUAAUUUAAAAAAAGAACUUAAAUUACUUACCUUAAAUAAAAAAGAACAUGAUUUGAUUAAAGAAAUUAUAGAUAGUUUCUCCAAAAAAUACAUAAAAGAUGGAGACAUAAGUGCUUUAGCUGAUAUAUUUAAAAAGGCAUUAACUGAUAAAAAAGUUGCUGAAAUAUUGAAAAACUUAAUCUCUAAUGUUUAUAGCUUUACUAAACGACAUAAUUACUUAAGAGCUGAUAAAACGGAAAAAGAAACCUACACUACCGUAGUGGAUAAUGCAGUUAAUUUAUUAGGAAAUAUACUAGUUAAUUAA